UUUACUUUGUUGAAGAAAAGCAGCGAAAUUAUUAAACGCGUUUUAUAUUGUUAAAAAUUAAUAUAAAAUACAAUUAAUGAAUACUAAAUGCGCGUGAACAUUGUAAACAUCGUAUAUUUAUGAAAAUAUAAAUGUUAAUGCUCUUUUUAUAUGAAACAUUGCUAGUGAAAUUGCAAAGGAUUUAACAAACUAGUGAAAUACUAUUACUAAUAAAAGCAUAGUUGUGCGAAAGCACCCAAACACCGAUAUAAUGGAAAGCCAAAACAAACUUGCCGAAUAUAGAAAAGGAAACCGUAAAAAUAAUUUUAACCGUGGAAAAAAUCUCAAUUCACUUAAAUCGGCAACUAUAGAAAAAAGUAUUUUAUUGUGUAAGUUAGCUUUGGAGAUUGACGCAGCUUCUGCGAAGCCUUUGGAGAAUGAACAAAAUCAAUUGACAAUUUUUCAAUGGAAUGACACACAAUGGCGGACCCUCUUUCCAAUUCCUUAUGAUACGCUAAAAAUAGCACUUUCACUAAAAAAAAGCUUCAGGAAUGUUUUAUAUAUUGAAGCUAUUGCUGGUAAUAAUUUGGCAGAAACUUUUCUGGCUGUUUUCUACAAAGGGUAUGAGAAUUUACCUGAAAGGAUACGCUUAUCGCAGGAGGAGCAAAUGCUACUUUCAAAUAUAUUCGUUAACUAUCCAAAUUCCAUAAGACAACAAGUUAAUUGUUCCGCUUCGAAUUCUAUGGAAAUUGAUGCUGAAGUCAAUAGCGCAACGGAUGGUAAGCGCAAUUUAAUACAAGAAUAUGUCACAUCAGCACUUUACGAUGCAUUGUACCAAAAACAUCUUGAUUGUAAACCGUCAACGGAACAAGCACUGCCAACAUUGCCCGAAUUUUUUCGUCCAACAUUGUGUGGCUAUCAAGAGCGGGCGGUUCAUUGGCUAUUACAACGAGAGCUUGAAGUUUCAUAUUGUCCAAAUUUCUAUACAGAACUGCAAGCAAAGGAUGGUGAAACAACUGUCUAUAAGAACUUGCUAAGUUGGCAUUUUGAAUAUUCAAAACCGUCAAAAAUAGAGUUGGCACCUGGCGGCAUACUCGCCGAUGAAAUGGGCUUAGGCAAGACCGUUGAAGUUUUGGCGCUAAUAGUAUUAAAUCCACGACAAAUAUCAUUAGACGCACAAUUAGCAAAAAAUGAAUUCAGUGAUGAGUCGCUUAUAAAACGUCCGCGACGCACCAACGAUUUAUUUUGUAUUUGUUCCCACAAAUUAAAGUCCGAGUUGCGUCAGUGCAGCCGUUGUGCAUUGCAACAGCAUGUUAAGUGUGUAAGCCGAUUCGAUAAGAAAAAAGAAGACGACUCAGACUAUCUAUGUCCUAGUUGCUGGUAUAGCGCGACAAAAGAAGCUCCAUUGCCAGCUGCUACCACAUUCAUAGUGACGCCACGCAAUAUUAAACCACAAUGGCUAUACGAAAUACAAAAACAUCUCGGACCAAGUCUCAAAGUGUUCGAUUACAAUGAAUUGGCGUUGGACAAUUGGAUAAGUCCGAUGCAAUUGGCCAGCUAUGAUAUAGUACUUACCGAGUAUUCUGUGUUGCGACGAGAGGUUUAUCAUACCAGCGCUUAUUUGUCUGAGCGUGUUACACGAAAUGAGCAGCGUUCAAUGCGUCGUAUGUCGCCUUUGCUGAUGGUGGAGUGGUGGCGUGUGUGCCUCGAUGAAGCGCAAAUGGUCGAGUCGAAUUCAUCUGUACUCACUGCCUUGGUGCGUCAGUUACCAGCAAUAAAUCGUUGGGCCAUCACUGGCACGCCAAUACAGCGUAUCAUUGAUGACGUACGUGGUUUAUUGGAAUUCAUUGGCUUUAGAGAGCCAUUAGUCCCUAUAAAUUGGAACGGUUUGGUAGAUGACUUUGUAUUGCAACAAAAUCACGCAGAUCAGUGCGAGCCUCAUCAGUUGACACUUGUUGAUGUGUUACAAUGUUGCAUGUGGCGCAGCUGCAAGUCGAAAGUAUACAAGGAGUUGCAACUACCACCACAAACAGAGCAAGUGCAUCGCUUACGUUUAAGUAAUUUAGAGAAAUUAUUCUAUUCCGAACAACAUGCGCUUUGCGAAAGCAGCUUUAAUAAUAUACUGCAAAAGUAUUUGGGGCGCACUGAUGAGAUGCUGAAGAUAUCACCACGGAUCAUGAACAUUAUCUUACAACCUUUGUUGAAGAUACGCCAGUGUUGUAUAACACCAGUUGUAAAUACUAGCAACAAGGGUCCAUAUAAAAACUCGGCAAAUGUGCAACAGAAACAAUUUUUGCAGCCGAAGGAUUUACUUGCGCAUCUUAAAUCCACUAAUGAGCUUGAAUGUAAAUCUGAACUGCGCUCCGUGGCAUCCUCUUAUAAUGGCAUGGCAGCCAUUUAUUUUAUAAAAGGCAAUUUUGAGCAGGCAAUUAAAAAUUACGAAAUGGUUCUUCGUUUGGCGCGAGAAUAUAAGGAUAUCAAUAUAACUGUUGACAGUUUGUUACAAAUUCACGCACUCUACAAUAUACAGCAGGCAUUCUAUAUUGCGCCGCCAAAGACCAUUCAAAUGUCGGCCGAUUUGAUUUCAAAAUAUGACGAGGAGUGUAAUGCUUUGGAAUGGAAAUAUCUUGAACCUUACGUCUGCUCAAUGCACGCUAAGCGAACUUCAUGUUCCAAUGCCCUGGAAAUGCUUGCAAGACUAGAACUAAGCGCGGAAUCUCCACUGUUAGAGUUUAUCAGCCUACUUGUAGAUGAAACUGCCUCGCAAUCUCAGGAGUUCGUAAUUACAUUAUUGAAUCGUUUUCAUGACGAAUUUGCCACCUCAUUUGGCGGCUCUUCAAAAAUGGAGCAGUUAAAAAGUUUAUCGGGUAUGCUUUAUGUGCUGGUUACGUGGUAUAAGAAAGUGGAUGCUGCACAAAAGCAUUUGAAUGUUGAAUUUGAAAAUUUAAAAUUUUACACAAUGAACGUCUAUACGCGCGCCAAGAAUACGCCUGCCAUUUGGCGUGAAAUGUAUAAAUUUAUACGCAUUGUCUACGAAUGUCACCUCAGUGAAAUCCUGGAAGACAAAAAAGGAAAAAAAAAGUCGAAAAGAAAGUCGAAAAACUCGAAAAAGGAUUUAUGCAAACUUUGUCAAAUACGAAAUGCACUGAACAAAUAUGAAUGUUUACUAUUUAACAAGGUCAUUGAUGAAGAUACUAAUAUGACCGAGGGUUUGCGAAAUCACUCGUUCGAAAUAGGGCUGAUUAAGGUUUUGUUUGCCUACUUGCGUACCAAACCUGCCUUUCUGAGCCACUCGGAGCAAAUGGAAAAACAUUGGGAAAGCAUUGAAUGCCGCCAACAGCUUUGUAAGAAGCUAAUAAAAUAUUGGAUCGAAAUUGAGUACACUGUAAAGGUCUAUGAUGAACUAGAUAUGUGUAAAAUGCGAAUAUCUUUGGCGGAAAACGAUGAGGACAAGACACAUUUCAAACUUCUGGAUUAUGAAUUGGAUAACACCUUUAUGGAGCAGCAAAUGAAUCUACACGAGGCUCAGCGACGAUUCGCCAUGAAACUCGCGCGCCUCAAGUAUAUAACUCAUUUAGAGGCGGAUGCUGCGCCUGGACCAUGUCCAAUUUGUCAAUCUGAAGAUGAGAGUCGUUAUGCCGUAUUAGAGUGUGGACAUCAUUUAUGUCUCCUAUGUUUGCGCACCAUACAGCCAGGGAACUCAUCUAACAAGUUAUGCUGUCCGAUUUGCCGAAAUCGACAGAAUUCAAAAAAAUUUUAUUACGUUACAUGCAAUGCCACAACGCCCACUGAAAUUCCUAUUCAAGUAGUAGGCGACUUCUCAUCCAAAAUCACCUAUAUCGUGCGUUUGAUCUUGCAGCUUAAGCGUGAUCACGCUAAGGACAUGCAGCAACUGAAGAUUUUAGUAUUUUCUAAAUGGUCUGAAAUUUUACCAACUAUUGCAAAUGCUUUGAAGCAGAAUGGGAUUCGACAUCGAAUCAAUUAUACGCCACGCGCCAUCGAGGAAUUUAAGAAUCCCCUGUUAGGUGUCACUUGCUUGCUGAUGGCUUUGCGUAAAGGCUGUAACGGUUUAAAUCUGAUAGAAGCGACUCACGUCUUUCUUGUUGAACCAAUUCUUAAUCCCGGCGAAGAAGCGCAGGCAAUUGGACGCGUGCAUCGUUUUGGCCAGACAAGACCCACUACCGUCCACCGCUUUAUUGUUUGCAAUACGAUUGAAGAGAAUAUUUUCAAUGUCGUAAAUACCGGAAAACAGUCGCAAACGAAUUGGGAAUUUAAGCAAAUAUCAGUCGAAAGUUUGCGAAAUUUAUUUCACUUGGAGAAUGAUGUCAGUGAGGAAUACAUAUCUAACUCCGACGAACCAGUGGAUGUGACAUAAAGGCAAACAAUCCGGAUUUCGUGGUACUAUUCAGUCAAAAAUUAAAUAUUUGGUGAAUGAACGCUAUUUAAGUUUAUAUAUUCGAUCCAAGGCCAGCAACUUGUAUAAGAAAACAAUGUGUUGUUUCAAAAAUAUACAUGUACGUUAAAAUACAUACACAUUAACGUUAGGCAGAGAUAUAUCGAAACACAAUGUACGUUUUGCCUUAAAAAGUAUUAAUGUGGCUUUGAAUUCCUAUAACGCGAAGAAAACCAAUCUGAAUGGUAACAAAUUUCACAUGAACAAAUAUUCCCAAAACUUAUAAAGCAAAACAAAAACAAUUUUUCCCAAUUUGUCCUUAUUUUUCCCGUUAAGUUAUGGGAACGUUUUAUUCACAUGGAAUUGGUGAGAGGGCUGAAUAUGUCAAGGCGUGACAAGCCACAUAGAAUUAAUUGUUCUAUGUACGCAUACAUUAUUUCUUUCUAUGCAUAUAAAAUGCACUUUUUUGAUACCUAUUUGUUUCUCUACAAAUUUAAACAAAAUAAAAUAAAAUUUUAAAAUACGUUUUCGGCGGAUUUUAAAAUUUGCCAAAAACUUUUA